GCAUGUGAAAGUAUCAAAUGACCAUCGUUCUUUUCAUUUUGUUUUCACUCGACAGCGCGGCUUACCUCCAAUUUAAAUAACUAGAAAGAUUCAAACCUCGAAACUUCUCGUCUUUCUUAUUGAAUUAUCAAUUUUACAAUCUUAGAAACAGUUCCCAGCGACUGAAAUUGCUUUCUUGUGAGCUCGGCUAGCCACGCAAUCACCACAUUCCUAUUUCACUGCGCCUCAGCUUUGCCGUCGACGAUCACGUAUGUCUAGGUAACUACAUACAUAUAUCAUACAGCUAAAACAUUUCGCAUAUUACCUGCAUUUAUAUGACGGAUCUAUUAUAGAGGUCAGCCAAUGCGAGCCACUCACACACAAACGGCAUUUCAAACAGCUUCCCUACCGCCUUGACCUUGACAUUGACCUUCCGCUGUUUCCCACUUCACAUUUCCCCACUACUUACGUCCGAUACUACCUAGAUAGACAAUCUAGAUACAGUUUACGCCAGCAAGGACUAGGUAACCAUAAAUCCCGAACGGUCUCCUGCAGACCGCUCUUCAUUUGGAAUCUUCCUAGACUAUAAGGACUGUUUUCCGUCGGAAGGACCGUUGUGGCAACCAUGGUUCCAGGCAACACCAACAAUAUAUCUCUCCAGUCGCCCAACGCGAUCCCUCCUAGAACCUCUUCAACCGGUUCCACCACUCCCUUACCUCCCGCUAGAUCUGUCCUACGACCUGUUCCGGAGUCAGAUUGGCUCAGUCAACAUAAUCGGCAUCGAAGUUCUUCUACUACUACUGCUAUAACAGGCAUGCAUGCAACAGGGCCUCAAGACCCGGCACGCUAUGAGAGCGAAGAUUUAAACUACACUUCAAGAAAGACAUGGACCGAGCAAAAAGAAAAGGUUCUUGUGGGUCCAUUUGAUUAUCUAUUCGCUCACCCGGGGAAAGACUUCCGUACUCUCAUGGUCAACUCUUUCAAUGCAUGGCUGGCAGUACCUCAAGAAAGCUUAGAUGUAAUUACAAAGGUUGUCGGUAUGCUGCAUACAGCAUCCUUGCUCAUUGAUGAUGUUGAGGACAAUUCGUUGCUGCGGAGGGGUCUGCCGGUUGCACACAGUAUUUUCGGUACGGCGCAAACCAUAAAUUCGGCCAAUUACAUAUACUUCUGCGCCCUGCAGGAGCUGCAGAAACUCAAGAAUCCAAAGGCCAUCAGUGUCUACACUGAGGAACUUCUAAACCUUCACCGCGGUCAGGGUAUGGACCUUUUCUGGCGAGACACUUUGACAUGUCCUACUGAAGAAGAGUACCUUGAGAUGGUUGGCAACAAGACUGGGGGGCUAUUUCGUUUGGCUAUCAAGCUCAUGCAAGCUGAAUCGAGUACUCCAAUCGACUGCGUGCCCCUAGUCAAUAUACUGGGCAUACUAUUCCAGAUCCAGGAUGACUACAGGAACCUGUCGAGCCCCGAGUACGGCCAGAAUAAAGGGCUUUGUGAGGAUUUAACGGAGGGCAAAUUCUCGUUCCUCAUCAUUCAUAGCAUACGUUCAAACCCGUCAAACCUACAACUCCUCAAUAUCCUUAAGCAGAAAACAACGGAUGAUGAGGUCAAGCGCUAUGCCGUGAAGUACAUGGAAAGCACAGGGAGUUUUGAGUAUACCGAGAAGGUGCUCGCGAUCCUAAUCGAGAGAGCGAGAAAGAUGGCGGACGAGCUUGAUGCCGGUAGAGGGAAGAGCAUCGGGAUCCACAAAAUAUUGGACAAGCUGGUGAUAUCGUGAUGAAGCCAUGAGGCGAUAAAUGGUUGGAUUUCUUUGGAUUUUUUACUGGGCGGAUCUCUGUGAAUACUUUAUUCAGAUGUUAUCGGACUAGAGGUUAGGUGUGAGAGCGAGCUGGCGUGAGUUAGGAUACCCUCAUUUCCUACCUUUUUCGAGACGUGAGAAAUUCAAAAAUUCAUUAAUAGUUAUUUCCAUGCUCACUGGAUUGAUUUUCCAUUGAGGCACCAAGGAACGUUUACGUAUACAAGCUUCCUUGCAUGCCAAGCCCAUGAUACUUUGUUUUCUUCAUCUUAAGGGGGAAAGUAUCUAAGGAUUAGUCAGCUACCAACCCCUUUCUCCUUUGACAUAUCC